AUGGUACAGUGUACCUUGCAAGUGGCUCAUCGACACCAGAUCAUUGGACAGCCCGACUACGCAUGGGCGGGCGCACUGCAAAACGUAUGGGCCGGGCCCAACUUUGCCGUCGAGGAACCUGACAUUGCCGCAUCCCCACACGGGAUCACCACCAUUGAUAUUCAUUACGAAGCCAACACGGCGUUUGAGGCAGCUCUCGAUGAAAUACACUACAACACUACAACAGGAAUUCGUUUCCAUGUAAGACCAACCACACCUUUUUGGCAACUACGAAUGGCCCAAAAACAGCCCCAAUUCACCCACCAACAGGCCUUUGACGCCGUCGGUGGCGCUCGGUCUCACGGCCUGUAA